GAAUGAAACAACUUUGAGAUGACUUCGGAAUACCGCAGGCACGAUUCGCCCUCUAGUUCGAAUGAAGCCCAUACUUCUUCGACAAACAGUGGCGAUAGAUACCCCAAGGAAGAAACAAGUAAUGGAAAUUUUGACUGUAAUAUUUGCCUUGAAACAGCUAGCAACGCUGUCGUGAGUUUAUGUGGGCAUCUUUUCUGUUGGCCAUGUAUUCAUCAAUGGCUCGAGACAAGACCAAAUAGGAAGUUAUGCCCUGUGUGCAAAGCAGGAAUCAGUAAAGAAAAUGUCGUUCCCUUAUAUGGAAGGGGCUCACAGAGCUCAAGCGGGUCAGCACCGCAAGAUCCCCGUGAAACUGUACCUCCUCGACCUCAAGGUCAAAGAUCAGAACCCGUCGACAGCUACUCACCCCUGGGCUUUGGCGGUGACAAUGGAGGUGGUUUUCAUAUGUCUUUCGGCAUUGGAGCGUUCCCUUUUGGAUUUUUUAUGUCAAAUUUCAACUUAAAUGGCGCUCAACCGCCCCCAAGUGGUAGUCCACAGCACGAAGAGGAACAAUUCCUUGCAAAGAUUUUUCUCUGGGUUGCACUUCUGUUUGCACUUUGGCUGCUCAUAUCGUAAAUUAGUCAAUCAAUAUAAUGGCCAUGUACGAUUCAAAUUAUUUAUGUAAUAUAUUGCAGUUAUGAGUGAAAUGACAUAUGCAUCAACUGAUUUAAUUAGUUAAUUUUCUGAUGA